AUGGUUAUUUAUAACCAUUGCAAAAACAAUUCAUUACCGCAUUUAACUCUGCUUCCUUUAGUUGAAGAAUGUUUAACCAAUAAUAGUUUAGUGUGGCGAGAUACAAUUAAUGAGAUAAAUAAUAAUUUAGAAGAUAGUUUAAGAGAAAUUUCACCCAUCUCAAAAAUUGAUCAGACUAAGUGGAAGAAAUUUAAAGACAAAAUAAAUUAUAGAGUGAAUCAAAGUUUAGUAGCCCAUAAAACAUUGGUUGGUCCUGAACUAUCUCAUAUAGAUAUACCACAACAUCUUAUGGCAUUUCCAUCUCUUAGUGAAGUUGAUAAACUUUUAAAUGGUAAAACAUUUAUUGAACAACACAACUCUACUGAAGGGCCUCCAUUCAAUACUGAAAAUAUUUGUCCUAUGCCUUCAUUGUCUAUAAUAACAGAAUCGGGAUUACCUCAAUUGUUACCACCUGAAAAGUCUCUAAUUGAUCAUGUUGAAAUAAACAUUGACCAAGAAAAUAUGUUGAAUCAAUUUGGACAAAAUAAUUUGCAGGAUAUUCAAAAUAUUCAUAAACAAGUUGAAGAAUUUCAUCGACUAUCUAUUGAUAUUAAAGAAAUAAUAUCCAAUAUUUUAAAACAAUCUCCUAACAAUAUUUCACAUUUGAUGUUYACUAAUAUUUGCCCUAUUCACAUAACUAAUAGAAAAUAUGCUAUUACAGUUUUUGUAGAGCUACUGGGACUGCAUAAACACGGAAUCCUCAAAUUAAGUCAACCUUGUAAUGUAACAAACCCUUCAUCUAUUUCAAUCGAAAUAAUUAAUUACAAUUUUUUUUGAAUGCCCUUUUUAAUUUUAAUUUUAAUGAUAUUU